AUGGAGCUGGACGAGGCGUUCGGCUCGGUGGGGGAGUUCGGCCGGAGCCAGAAGCGCCUCACCGCCUUCCUGGUGCUGCUGCAGGUAUAUGUGGCCUGUCAGUCUAUGCUUAUUGUAUUAGUGGGGGCUGUGCCAGAGUAUCAUAUUGACCAGGGAGAAAUUCCUGAUAGCACAGAGGAGCUUGCCAGACAUGUCCACUUUGCAGAUAACUUCACAUCUAUAGCAACUGAGUGGUACUUAAUCAAACACGAAGCCUAUAAAGUAAACCUGGCAUCAUCCUUGUAUUUUGCUGGAUUGCUUAUCGGAAAUAUAUUUUUUGGACCAUUGUCUGAUAAAUUGGGCAGGAAACCAGUGUACAUGUCAGGUCUGUUCUUUGAUGUCAUUUUUGGAUAUGUCACAGCAUUCGCUCCAAGUUAUGAAAUUUUUGCAAUGUCACGCUUCAUUGUUGGGAUUAUGAAUGGUGGAAUGUCUCUAGUGUCUUUUGUCUUGACACAAGAAUAUGUAGGAAAGUCUUACUGGGCAUUAACAGAUAUUUGUUCUUCAGAAAGGUUUGGCUCGUUAACAAAUUUAACAUUUGCAGUCGGCAUAGCAGUUUAUGCCUUCCUGGGUUACUACAUACGAGAAUGGCGCUUCCUCGCAUUUGUAUCAAAUUCUCCAGGGGUUUUCUUCUUUCUUCUUUCUUUUAUGCUUCCAGAGUCACCAAGAUGGCUGUAUUCCCAGGGGAAUACUGCAGAAGCAGAGGAUGUGCUUCAAUACCUGGCCUGUGGUAAUGGAAAAGAAAGGUUGACUAUAAAAUUGAAACCAUGUGCAGGAACAAUGAAAAAGAAUGACUCCGCAUCCGGUGUCCUAAACCUAGUAAAACACCCAGUCCUUCGGUGGCGAACUAUCAUCUUGAUGUACAUCUGGUAUGUCUGCAGCCUUGUAUACUAUGGCCUAACAUUCAAUGCUGGUGAAUUAGGAGGAAAUCUGUAUCUAAAUGUAGCUCUUUAUGGCCUUAUAGAAGUUCCUGCAUUUCCUCUCUGCAUGUUUUUUAUUGAGAAAUCCUGGUCUGGAAGACGUAAAACUACAACUUAUUUUCUGAUAUUUUCAGGGUUUGCAUGUAUAUUUACCAUGUUUUUACCAGAAAAUUCUGGUUUUUUCUUCAGUCCAACUCUGUUAGCCUUGUGUGGAAAAUUGACUGUCAGUGCUGCCUUCAACAUAGUGUAUAUUUAUACUUCUGAACUCUACCCAACAGUAGUGAGAAAUGCUGGCUUGGGUGUCUGUUCAAUGACUUGCAGAUUUGGUGGUGUUUUGGCUCCGUUUGUGCCAUCCAUGAAAACUCUUAACCCAUCUGUACCAUUCAUGGUGUUUGGAAUCAGUGGAGUAUCAGCCGGAUUCUUGACUCUUCUUCUUCCGGAAACUCUUAAUAAGCCAAUUGCAGAGAGCAUUGAAGACCUUCAGGGUCCUGUAUACCAAAUGCUUAAAAACAAAAAGGUAAACCAAUUAGAAGAAAACACUUAA